AUGACACUUUACUGGUCUUUCACGGCCUGCAUCGUCCUCCUCUACAGCGCUACCACCAAGCUUCUCGAAGGACAGGCUGAUACCGUCGACCAAGACCUCACGUACGGCAAAGCCUGCAUGGACAUGCUUGAAACCUGCCGCAGUAUGGAACCCAUAGCUGCCCGCUACCUCGACAUUCUAUGGCCUUUGUACGACACUCUCCGCGACAUCCACCAUCGCAUGAUGGGCCGCGCCAAGACCAGCAUCUACGCCCUCUUGCAAGGAGAUUCGACCACGCUCAGCCCGCCCAUUCCGGUGUCAAAAGCGGAAAUGGGACCGAUCUCGGAGACGUUGUCUGCUUUGCUUACUGAUCCGUUUGGACGGAAGCAGGCGCUGGGCGACAACAGUAUGAGACGUGUCUUGAACAGCGACGGCUCAUGUUCGGUGUUUUGGUUCAGAUGA